AUGUUUGUCUCCAGAGACGCAAGCUUUGACCUACUCAACGACAAACGCUUCGGCCAGCUCUGUGGUACAGCUUGCGCUCAAGACCUUGAAACCUCAAGAGAGGCCAUCAAAAGGGCUUGCAUUUCUGCAGCAGAUGUCAUGGUACCUGGUGGGAGCGUUGCCUGUCCGGGCUUGUACUGCGACUCUGUUGUCUCGCAGUGGCUGAACCAAAGCAGCAGCGGGAACUGGACAGUGGCGCAGAACUGCUCUGAUUGUGAACUUGGAGUCCAGAAGCUGCAGCUUUCUUCGCCUUUCGGCUAUGAUGUAGACGGUGCAGCUAACUUUGCCUCCCUUACGUCCAACUGUCAGGCAGGAGGUUAUACAUACGCCACGCCCACGACGUAUGCCAUCAAUGCAAUAGUUGUGCCCGAUCCGCCCUCUCGUACAUGUACUAGCUCAUAUACUGUGCAGGAUGGGGACACCUGUGUGUCCAUCUCUCUGAGCAGAAAUGUUUCGACUUACGACUUGAUAAGGGCGAAUGGCUCCACAAUUUGUCUCCCAAACAUCUGCAAUACACACCUGUUGGACGUGUACGACAGAUGUGAUAAUAUAACAGCCGGCGCUCACAUCAAUCGACAGCAGCUGUUGUCGUGGAAUCCAAUGAUCAACCAUUUUAAAGCACCUUACCUCUCUUCAUCUUCUGUUGAAAGCAGUUGGGUCCUGACCACUAUAGCAGCUCACCAAACGGAGCAGUCAACCCAGGUCAAGGCAACUCUAUCGCCACAGACGUACCUGUCCCCGCAAAUGCACAGAAUCAGUCCAGCAGACACUGUGGGUAGUGGUAUGCUACCAAAGAGGGUUGACCGCAAAUGCUCCAACUUCCGGCUGGGAACGUCCUACUCCGUUAGGCCUGCCGGGAACAUCGCCACCUACUCCGGCUAUCCGAUGCCCACACCUAACACUGUCUUCCCAAAACCGACGCCGGAGCCAACAUCGAUACCCCCACCAGUCGUGACACCCCCGCUCUCAGCGGCGGCUGCAGGCACAGUCGAUAGGUGUCUAUACUACAUGAAUGCAUUUGAUGAAUCAAUUUCUAAUGUCUUUGAUCUUAAGGUAGCGAAUUCGUGUAAGGAUCUGCUGGCGUGGAAUCCGAGCCUGUCGAAGGAGAAUUGUAUGCUGCAGCCGGGCAAGAGCUACUGCAUUUUGAAAUCCCUCUUUAGAUAG